CUGCAACCACACAUCCCAGCACUGAGAAUACAACCACUGCCAGCACCACAGACCCUAGCCUCGAGAAUACAACCACUGCCAGCACCACAGACCCCAGCACCGAGAACACAACCACUGGCAACACUGCAGAACCCAGCAGUGAAAACACAACCACUGGCAACACUGCAGAACCCGGCACCAAGAAUACAACCACUGGCAGUACCGCAAAUCCCAGCACUGGGAACACAACCACAGGCAGCACCACAGCCCCCAGCACCGGGAAUGAAACCACUGGCAGCACCACAGCCCCCAGCACCGGGAAUGAAACCACUGGCAGCACCACAGCCCCCAGCACCGGGAAUGAAACCACUGGCAGCACCACAGCCCCCAGCACCGGGAAUGAAACCACUGGCAGCACCACAGCCCCCAGCACCGGGAAUGAAACCACUGGCAGCACCACAGCCCCCAGCACCGGGAAUGAAACCACUGGCAGCACCACAGCCCCCAGCACCGGGAAUGAAACCACUGGCAGCACCACAGCCCCCAGCACCGGGAAUGAAACCACUGGCAGCACCACAGCCCCCAGCACCGGGAAUGAAACCACUGGCAGCACCACAGCCCCCAGCACCGGGAAUGAAACCACUGGCAGCACCACAGCCCCCAGCACCGGGAAUGAAACCACUGGCAGCACCACAGCCCCCAGCACCGGGAAUGAAACCACUGGCAGCACCACAGCCCCCAGCACCGGGAAUGAAACCACUGGCAGCACCACAGCCCCCAGCACCGGGAAUGAAACCACUGGCAGCACCACAGCCCCCAGCACCGGGAAUGAAACCACUGGGCAGCACCGCAGCCCCCAGCACCGGGAAUAAAACCACUGGCAGCACCACAGCCCCCAGCACCGGGAAUGAAACCACUGGCAGCACCAUAGCCCCCAGCACCGGGAACACAACCACUGGCAGCACCACAGCCCCCAGCAAUGAGGCCACAGCCCCCAGCAAUGGGACCACAGCUCCCAGCACUGGGAACACAACCACUGGUAGCACCACAGCUCCCAGCACUGGGAAUACAACCACCAGCAGCAUUGCAGCUCCCAACACUGGGACCGAAGCCCCCAGCACCGGGACAGCAACCACUGGCAGCACUGAAGCUCUCAAGACCACACCAGCUAACACGAGCACGAGCCCUGGGCACGAGCCCUUGGACACGAGCCCUGAGUCUACCGUGCCUGUGCUGCCUAGGACCUCCUCCUCCCCUCCGGCUAGCAACCAGACCCCUGUGGUGGCCCUGAACCUUCUCAGCUAUUCCCUCUCCUUCCACAUUGUCAACAAGGACUUCAAUGAGUCCCUGCAUGACACCAUAUCCUCCUACUACAAGCAGCUGGCAAGCACCAUCCACACCAUAUUCCAGAAGGUCUAUGCCUGCGACACGUGCCCCAACUGCGAGGACUACCAGGGCUACACCGGCCUCCAGUUCAGCCAGGGCUCUGUGGUUGUGCAAUGCAUCCAGCUGUAUAGGCAGAACAACACCAGCCUCAAUGCCAACAGCAUUGCCCUCCAGCUUGAAAAGAAGCUGAACAGUAACAAAGAGAUUGAAGGGCUCCAGAUAAAUGAUGUCCGAGCUGCUCCUGAAAGCUCUGCCCCACAGCCGGGGCCAGCACCAGCAUCCAUAGUGCCUGGCUGGGGCAUCGCCCUGCUCGUGCUGGUCUGCAUCCUGCUGGUGCUGAGCAUCAUCAUCUUCAUCCUGCUGAUCCUCUGCUCCUGCUGCAGAAGCCGCCGUGGGAAGCUGGACCUAUUCAGCUUGCAGGACUCCUACCACCCCAUGAGCGAGUACCCUACCUACCACACCCAUGGGCGCUACAUGGCACCUGCCACCAAACCCAACCCCUACAGUGAGGUCUCCGGCAACGGCUCCAGAGCCUUGUCCUACACCAACCCAGCGCUGUCGUCCGAGAACCUCUGAGGGGCGCGUGUCCAGGACAGGCGGGAGCGGGCUCCGGCCUGGGAUGGCUCCGGGCACAGCCGGGCAUGCGGGCAAGACCUCGGUGGCCUGGGGCAGGGGCCAUGGCACCUCGGGGCCUGCUCCUGCCCCGAUUCAGCCGAUGGGGCCGGCACAGCCCUGCGCAGCCCUGUCGUCCCUGCCCCUGCCCUACGUCGCUGGCCCCAGGGUGGUUCUGGAGCAGCUGGGUCUGAGCGCAUGAAGGAACCAGGCAAACAAGGGAUGGGAGAGGGGGCUGUGCCCUGCUGGCUGCCCUGCACCCCUGCCCCAUCCCUUGCCCAGCCCCAGGCACUGCCCCAUGGGUUCUGGGCUCAGGCUCUGCCUGUGCUGGCAGCUGGGCUCUGUGUGUGUGGAUGGGGCUGUGGGUGUGGGCGCCACACCGCGAGGGGUGGAGGGUGCUGGCAGUCCUGUAUUUAUAGCGUUUCACAAUAAAAAGGUCUGU